AUGUUGGAACUCCUACUCGACUCUCUUUCCAAGAGGAAGAGUAUUGUUCAAGCAUUGAUUGCAGCCGGCGAAUAUGGUUGCCCACUAACGAAGCUUGAUUUACGUUUGACUGUUUUGUCAUUUGUCAUUGAGUUAUGUCAGGAUCACAACAUUUCUUUUGUGUUUAUUCCUCCUAAUUCUACACAUCUCACCCAACCCCUUGAUGUGGAUUUUUUUGCGCCCCUUAAAAAAGCCUGGCGCAAGAUCUUAUUACAGUACAAAAUGGAAAACCCAAAUCAAACGGCAAUCAACAAAAACCACUUCCCAAAAUUGCUUACGCAAUUGAUUAAAACAAUUGAAAUAAACGAGGUACAAAACAUAAAAAGCGGCUUUAGAGCCACUGGGAUAUACCCUUUUAAUCCACGUGAAGUUUUGAAAAGAAUCCCAGAAUGUGCCGAAGAAAUGGGCAAUACUCAUAAUAUUGACAGUGCUUUAUUAGAAUAUUUAAAAACUACCAGACAAUCUAAACCAUUGACAUCAAAUAGAAACAGGAAAGUCGUGGUUGAACCUGGAAAAUCAGUUACAGUUGAUGAUAUUCAAAACCGCACUAAAGACACUAAGAAACGUUCCGCAAAAAACAAAUCUGCUGUAAUAAGAAGUACCGCUGUUCAAACAGCUAAAAACCAGAAAUUGAACGAUACACCUUCAACGGCAAGUGUCGGCAAAGAGAACCAAAUUUUAGAUCAAUUCAAAGACGAGCUAGACUUCUGUGAUAACUUCUCUUUAUCAUUCUUGGCAGACAAAAACAGCGUCAACGAAAAUUAUACAAUUGAUGAUAUAAGAAAUAAUGACGAAUACAAUAUAAACACAUAUACAACAGCACAUCAAGCUUUACCAACUUUUACUGAACUUGACAUAUUAGACGAAAAAAACGGAACUUUACUCUCACAAAUUACACCCACAUUAUGUGAAAUAAAUGCUUCAAGCGGUAUCAUUAUUCGUGAAUGUGCUCGGACAAAUAUUAUUUUGAAACCAAACAAUCAUGGCUUGUGUGAAGAAAACACUAACCUAUUGAAAACUGAAAAACAAAAACCAAAGAUUGUAUCUUGUGUAACUAUACCGUCCACAAAACGUACGUCAAAUAUUAUUUACCAAAGCGAUUAUGAUAAAGAAAAUAUUGAAACUAGACAAACGAUAGCAAAACAAAAUGAUUUUUCUUUUUACAUAGAACAGUCUAGAAAUAUUUCAACAAAAGCGGAAAAAAUUAAAAAAACAAAAACUUCCAAUGUUAAGCUGCGACCAAAGAAAAUAAUUAGAAAAGACUUUAAAGUUUCCAAAGAAAAAAAUAUGAAAGGCUUAAAGAAGAAAUUGAAACGAAGAGACAGUAAAUCAAGCAACAGUGAUAUCGAUAUGAGUAUUCACAGUGAUUCAGAUAUAUGCGGAAUUGUUUCCGAUCAAGAUGAGCCAGGUUCUCCUUUAGAUACUUAUUAUUCUAAUUUAUCUAUAGGCAGUGAAAACAAAGUAGCACUAGGAAUGGUGUCGACUAUCACAAAAACAAGUCCUAAUUUAUGUUUGAAUGAACCACUUGUUCCUGUAACAGUAGAUCAUUUUUCAGAACCAGGGCCCUCGACUAUUUCAACGCGCGAAGAAGUUUCUGUAGAGUAUAAAGUAGGCGAGUAUGUUUUGGUUAGAUACUUUUUUACAAAAAAAGUGGAUUAUUACGUGGGAAUCAUUUUAGACAAGCCAAAAAAUGGAAAGUUGAAAGUAUCUUUCUUAAGAAAAGUCGGCAAAAAUGACAACUCAAAAUUUAUAAAAGUAAAAUCACCGGAUAUCGAAGUAAUAGACUGUAAGAAUAUUGUCAAGACUGUUAAGCUUCUAGCUAUUAAUGACGCCGAAACUGAUUUUGUACUUGCUGAUGAUGACGAUUACAUUUAUUUUGAUUAUUAA